CCGGCGGGGAGGGAGCGCCGCUUCAGGCAGGAAACGUCCUCGCGGCGCCCCGUUGGCGAAGCAGAAACAAAAGAGCGGUGUUUUUCCCCUCAUCCAACUCUCUGAUAAGGAGCAUUUCUUCUUUCGCGGGGGCGGAACAACAACUAAUUCUUUUCAUUGUUGGGUUCGGAUUAGUGAAACGGGGGAACACUGCGGGAUUUUUAUACGUUUAUUGAGAGAAGCUUUUAUUGUUAUUAUUAUUAUUAUUAUUAUUAUUAUCAUUAUUAUUACGCUUGCCCGAGGAUAUUUUCGCCGUUUGCAUCUUUUUUGUUUUUUGUUUUUGCCCAUUAUGCCCCCCCAGUGACGCGGCUUUGGAUAUGUCAGAUAAACCCAGACAACCAAAUUGGUUUAACGAUGCGUCCCCAGUAGAGAGGGGGGGAGACAGAGGGGAGUUGGUACCCGUCGGCGGUAGCGGCGACGAAGCAUCUGCGGAAAUCUUCCAUUCAAAUUCGGUCAACGAAAACAGUGAGCCCUGUCCCGGUGGCGGCUCCUCCUCUGCAGCGGCGGCGGCGGCCUCAGGGCUCCAGUUAUCCACGCUGCCCCGGGCAGGAACUAAAAACUACCUGCCUCCAUCCAGUUUACAGGGCUUUCAGUCCAGGGCGCCAGUUUUCCGGAGCCUCUCUCGCUCUUCCAGCGGAUAUUCCUCUUUCGACGCCGACUCCGUGCCGUCCUCCCCGUUUUUGCCCCGACCAGAAGUUGCGGACAAGGCCACGCAGACGCCGAGCCCCUCCUGUCAGGUUAUGAUGCACGCCCUGCAGCGCACGGCCUCGCCCGGAGCAGUGCCCGCAGCACAGUGGCCCGGCCAUCUUCACGGCAGUCCUUCAAACCUGCCUCUCACCGGCUCCUCCAGAUCGCAAAACGCAGCACAAGACAUGGAUGCAGAGAUUCUGGUUGGACGACAGCUUCGACAGAUUGGAGAUCAUUUUAAUAACGCGCACAUUCACAGGAGGCUGGCAGGUAGACGUGGCUGGGUUGGGAUCUACCUACACCCACUCCCACGCAUCCACCAAGAGCCCGCCUUUCUUCUCGGCAUGGUUCUCCUUCUGCUCCUCAUCGGACGGCUAAUAUACACCCAGGACAGAGGCGACGGCUACGACUGAUCCCUCCCACGUCCAAAUGGUGGAAAACCCAGCAGAUGUAGCAGCAUUUCUCUGGACUGAGUCUUUGGACAUGUAAAUAGAUGCAAAUUCUGAUUGCAUUACCUCCUUCGUGUUGUUGCUUGCAGACCUAAUUGAGUCUUCUCUCCAAGACUUACUUAACUGCUCUUCCUUUCUUUCCCUGGAAACUUUCAGGGAAAGGCCAUUCUUUUCCUUUUACUUCUGUACAUAAGUUAAUAUUUUGGAAUUAAAUAAUCAUUGAAGAAAAUAAUUAAGUACAGAUACACGUUUUUUUUUUUAUUCCUUUCUUCUUCUUCUUCUCCUGCACCUCAUCUUUGCACCACCAAAGAUGCAGCCGGUUGCUGGAACUUUCCGCUCGGCCUCCGUUCUCGGCGUCAUUUGAUGACGUCACACCUGGAGGACGACACUCCAGAAAAUGAAACGUGCCUUCUUUUUUUUUCCUCCGCUUCCUCCCCUGCCGUUUAUUGUUUUUUGAUUUGUAUUCAUAUUUACUUUAUGUAGACUUGUUUAGUUUGUAAGGUUUUUUGUGUUUUUGCUGCUCUCUGAGUUUUUCAGGGCAAAACAACUGUGUCGAACAUCUCGACUCCCCCCCCCCCCCCCCACGAGUCAGAAGAAGUGUGCAGCAGUGUCUGUGUUUGUGCUUAAUGCCCACGUCAGUACUGACGUGGCUGCGAGAAGGGUCCUUUCCCCGCAUCUUAAACUCUAACGCUGAAAAAAACACAUCUGCCCCAAAGCAGCUUGAGUCAGUGUUCAUGCCUUUCAUAACACAAUAAACAUAUCAACAAUGAACGUUUUCUGAUUGCUUAACCCAGGCAGCGCUUCCUUCAGAACCCUUUUUAGGUGGCUGUAAGACAGGAAGGUUACAGGGUCAUGCUCGGAGAGGUAACAAUACAACAAAUUGAAGUCAUGGUAAAUCCCUCAAAUGAUUUUUUUUUUGCAAAAAAAAAAAUUGCUCAUUAGCUCAAUAUUUCAAAAGCGUUUAAAAAGAUCACUUUUGUUGGUCGUACCG